AUGUGCGUGUGUGUGAGCGUGGUGAAUAAGAGGGGAAUAAAAACAGCUGAUUUUCAAGUGUAUAAGCUCGCUCAAAGCGAAGGUGUUUUUUCCGCUUUUCACAGCGAUAUGUCGGAUUUAGUGGAAAAGCUGGACGAUGAGGAGGUGCAGGAGAUUCUUAAGACAGGCACGGAUCUCAGGCAAUAUUCGCAGCAGAUCGAAAAGGAGUUCAAUGAGGUGGAAAACCGCUCCAUCAGCGACUACAUCAAAGAGAGCCAGAACAUUGCGAGCCUCCACACACAAAUUCGGGCAUGUGACGACACCCUGGAACGCAUGGAGAACAUGCUGACCAACUUCCAGCACGUCCUGAGCAACAUCAGCACGGAGAUUACGUCGCUGCAGAAGAAGUCAGUGUCCAUGUCGGUGCAGUUAACCAACAGACAGUCUGUUCGGGCGCAGCUUUCGCAGUUUAUCGAAGACAUGGCUGUGCCCGAGGAGAUGAUCGCGGUGAUCAUGGAGACUGCUGUAACGGAGAAGGAGUUCCUGGUGAAUUUGAAUCAGUUGAACCACAAAUUGGCACUGGUGAAGGAGCUGCGAUUCAAGGAAUCCGCUUCCGCUAAUGACGUUCAAGAUGUGCUGGAGAAUCUCAAAGUGAAAGCCAUGGCCAGGAUCAGAACAUACUUGAUGGAGCAGAUCCACAAGUUUCGCAAACCCAUGACCAACUAUCAGGUACCCCAGAACGCUAUGCUCAAGAACAAACUGUUCUUCGAGUUCAUCUUGUCAAAUGAGAGACAAGUAGCGCAGGAGAUCUGUGGUGAGUACGUGGACACCAUGAGCAAGAUUUACUUCAGCUACUUCAAGAGCUACUCCUCGCGCCUAGCCGCUCUGCAGUUCGAGGAGGCCGCAUCGAAGGAUGAUCUCAUGGGUGUGGAGGAUACAGUUAGCAAGUCUCUCUUCUCCAAGACGACUUCCUUGAAGAAUAAGAGCACAGUGUUCACCAUUGGGAAUCGCGGGGAUGUUCUCAAUCAGCAGCUGGAGGCGCCAAUCCUAGUGCCACAUGCGCAGCAAAAGAACAAGUACUCGUACGAGGCGCUCUUCCGCUCCGAGCAGUACGCUUUGGUGGACAACGCCUGUCGGGAGUACCUGUUCGUCACUGAGUUCUUCAUGGUGCGCGGAUCGCAAGCCCAGGAGCUCUUCAACCAGAUCAUGGGACGAACACUGUCACUUCUGAUUAAGAACGUGGAAACAUACAUUGCGGAUUGCUUCGACUGCAUCGCCAUGUUCUUGUGCAUCCACCUUAUUCUGCGCUAUCAGCUCAUGUGCCACAAGCGCUGCGUUCCGGCAUUGGACAAAUACUGGGACUCCCUGCAGGCAGUCAUCUGGCCGCGCCUCGAGGUGAUCUUUCGGACCAAUAUCCAGAGCGUACGCGAUUGCGAUCCCACGCGCUUCACGCGCGAAAUGGGGCCACACUACAUUACCAGGCGAUAUGCGGAGUUCUCAGCAGCCAUUGUGGGUAUUUCUGAGCACUUCCCAAAUGAGCUCAUGAGUCGGCUGUUACUGGAGUUGCAGAACGAAGUGGAAUGUUUCAUUCUGCGCAUGGCGGCAAUUUUUCCGGCGCGUAAAGAACAGCUCAUAUACCUGAUUAACAACUACGACUUGGUGCUGGGCGUGCUCAUGGAGCGCACCCGGGACAAUAGCAAAGAAGCCGAGGCCUUCAGGGAGCAGCUUACAGCACGCAGUGGCGAAUAUGUAGAGGAGAUUUUAGCGCCCCAUUUCGGUGGGAUCAUUCAGUUUGUGCGAGAAUGCGAGCUAAUGUUGGAGAAGGAGCAAACUGAGGAAUUUAGACGGCAGGAGCGUCGAUCACUGGCUCUAGUUGCCAAUUUCUCAGCCAACUGGAAGACAGCUCUUGAGGAAAUUAACAAGGAAGUGUUGCUCUCCUUCCCGUCCCUCGUCACUGGCCAGACUCUCCUCCAGCUCGCUCUUACCAGCCUUCUCCAAUACUAUCAUCGGUUCCACAAACUUCUCACGCCCAACGCGCGCUCGCAGCUCGUAAACAUCCACGUGAUCAAGAUGUUCAUCAAGAAGUAUAGCGGAUCUUUUAAUUUGUAA